CAAAAACAAAGGUGGUAUGAUAUACAUUUGUAUUUGAGUAUAGAUUUGCAGUGUCGAGACAUUGUUAGAAAAACCACCUACAACUGGAAUAAAUGUAUAAAGAUAGAUGAUUGUGUGCGUGUGUUUGUUUUCAGGUUCAGUCUGUGCCAGAUAAUAGAAGGCAAGCAGAGAGUCUCUCUCUUACCAGGGAGGUUUCCCAAAGCAGGAAUUCUUCUGUGUCUGAGCAUUUGUCUGAGGAGAAGGCACAACUCUUCAGUAAGAUGAUAGCAUUGCAGGGUAAAAAACAAAAAAUGGACAAAUUGCUAGGAGAAUUGCAUACACUUCGUGAUCAGCAUCUUAACAACUCAUCUCUGUUGCCUGCUUCAGAAUCUCCUCAAAGGGGUAUUGAUCAAAGAAGUACAACUUCAAUAGCUUCUGCACCUGUAGGGAUUGCAACAGGUGUCAAUGAGGAACCUAACAGCUUAGCAUCAUCCGUUGUCUAUCACCCGGAUUCUGUAACUUCACAGAAUGAAAGUGAAGAGGAUGACAACCUAAAUACAACAGAAAAACUUCAGAAGUUGAAUGAAGUUCGGAAGAGACUGAAUGAAUUGCGUGAGUUAGUCCACUACUAUGAACAGACCUCAGAUAUGAUGACAGAUGCUGUUAAUGAGAACAUUAAAGGGGAAGAGGAGACAGAGGAUUCAGAGUGUGAUUCUGACCUAGAGAAUCCACAGCCUGUUACCAAUAUUAG